UUCUCUCAACUCUUUUUUAUCGUGCUAUCGUUAGCUCCGCGGCUAGCCAGCAUUCACUGCUCCCCCGAAGACAGACUCGAUCACGCGUUGUCACAAUCAUGGAUCGAACCGGAGUCGCGACGGAAACACCAAAGAGCCCGUGGGGGUCGGCGACCCCGGCAGCUCCGGCCUGCUCUCUGGCUGAUGUGAUGAGCGAGCAGCUGGCCACACAGCUGGACGAGGAGAACAACACCGUCCCUGCUCUCAGCGAGCCCGGGGCAGAUGUGACGUUGUCGGACGAGGCCCACGACACGACCAGCGACCUGAUGCUCGCCCAGAUGUUGCAGAUGCAGUUCGACCGCGAGUUUGACGACCAGCUCCGCCGCGAGGAGAAGAAGUUCAACGGAGACAGCAAAGUGUCCAUCUCCUUUGAGAACUACCGAAAGGUUCAUCCGUACGAAGACAGCGACAGCUCGGAGGACGAGGUCGACUGGCAGGACACGAGAGACGACCCCUACAAAGCCGACAAGCCUCAGACCACGCCCCGUCGAGGCUUCAUCGGAAAAGGCAAGAACAUCACGACCAAACACGACGAGGUGACCUGCGGUCGUAAGAAUGCCGCUCGCAUGGACAACUUUGCUCCCGAGGUCCUUGUCGGCGACGGGCUGGGGAUGGACCUGAAGUUGCCCAAUCAGGUGUUCAACUCUCUGAAGCAGCACUGCUACAGCGAGCAGCGACGCAGCGCCAGGCUGCACGAGAAGAAGGAGCACUCCACCGCCGAACAAGCCGUCGACCCUCGCACUCGUCUGCUCAUGUAUAAGAUGGUGAACGCCGGCGUGCUGGAAAACAUCAACGGCUGCAUCAGCACCGGGAAAGAGGCUGUCGUAUUCCACGCCGACGGUGGGAGCCUGGAGGAGCAGCCGGUGCCCGACGAGGUGGUGCUGAAGGUUUUUAAAACGACGCUCAACGAGUUCAAGAACAGAGACCGUUACAUCAAGGACGACUAUCGCUUCAGAGAUCGCUUCAGCAAGCUGAACCCGCGCAAAGUCAUCAGGCUGUGGGCGGAGAAAGAGAUGCACAACCUGGCCAGGAUGAAGAAGGCGGAGAUCCCCUGUCCGGAGGUGGUGCUGCUGAAGAAGCACAUCCUGGUGAUGUCGUUCAUCGGCAAAGACCACGUCCCCGCCCCCAAACUCAAAGACGCCAUGUUGGGCUCGGAGGAGAUGAAGAACGCCUACUACCAAGUUCUACACAUGAUGCAGCAGCUGUAUCAGGAGUGUAACCUGGUUCAUGCUGAUCUCAGUGAAUACAACAUGUUGUGGCACGAGGGGAAGGUGUGGUUUAUAGACGUCAGUCAGUCCAUCGAGCCGACUCAUCCUCAUGGUCUGGAGUUCCUCUUCAGAGACUGCAGGAACGUCUCCACGUUUUUCCAGAAGAGAGGCGUGAAUGAGGCGAUGAGUGUGUACGACCUGUUCAACACCGUCAGUGGACUGAACAUCCCCGUUGGUUCUGAGGAGGAGGCUGAAUUCGUGGCUGAGAUCGAGGCGUUGGAGAAGAGGAACGAGGAUCACGUGCAGAAGCGCGGGAAGAAAAUCUUCCCUGUCGACUCGGAGGACGCUGGCCCUCCUUUAAAAGUCGACGCCGCUGACUAACGCCCGGCCUGACUCGCUCUCUCUUCACGACCCGCCGUGUUGAAAACGCUGUCAGAAGAUGAAUGGAGGAGGAGCCCUGUAACCACACCCCCAACGCCCUCCACCACCACAACCACCACCACCCAGCUGCGGGCGGGGGAGGGCGGGGCGCCUCCUGGCUGCAGGAGGAACGAUUUGACUGAGGUGGAUGUUGAAGUCGGAGCGUCGGAGUUGCCGAGAUCCACCAGCAGGGUUUCUGACGCUGAGGCCACGUCUCGUAUCUCCUGCUGAUAUUCUUACUGAUGUUGAUCACAGUGUGUGUGUAAACACAUUUAUUAUAAUCAUCAUCAUUAUUAUUAUUUUUUAGGAAACCGUACAAGAGCGACACUUUGCGUUUGAAUAUUUGAACGUAGCCUCAGCGACGUGAAAUGAUUAAUAAACGUUAGAGAUAUCUGGAAACUAAAACUAUUUUUUUUGUUAUUUGGGAACUUUUAUCGAGUGACAUAAUCCUGAAAGAAAUAUUAAAAUACCAUCUUCCUUCAUCUUCAUCCAUCUCUUUCCCUCCUCGUCUUCGUGCUCUAAAAUCAACUCAUAAAAUCUGUCGACUGAAAUAAAAAAAAUCUUGCAGUUUUAUAACGACUGUGUGAAGUGUCGGUCACAUAUGAAAGUUCGAGGUCGGUCACUCAUCGCAGAUUGUUGUUUGUGACGUUAAUGGAUAAAAUAUGAAAAUGUGUAAUGCGUGAUGUUUGUGUCGCUGCAGCAGUGGAGACAUCACAUGAUGUCGGGUGUUCACUGUGGAUAAAGAUGCGUUCUGAUGAAAAGUCUUUUCAUGUGUGAAAACGCCUGCAGACCAGUGACGUCAUUAAAAAGAGACGUUGAAAACUG